CAUGUCAAGUGACAACCCAGAUGGUCAACCCUUGGAUUUCGAAUAUUAUGAAACCAAUUAUCCAUAUUUGAAUGUUAAGAAAAAUCUUCUAAACAACACUUUAUCAAAAUGGAGAAGGGCUAUAGCACCUUAUAACCCAUUUGCCAUGCAAUAAAUCCCUAAUCAAAAGAGAAUGGGUAUGGGUAUAAGAAAUGGUAAUGGAUUUUACUUCCCUGAUCCAUAUCCUAACAGAGUUAAUUGGAGUGUGUUUUUCCCAACUCAUUAUGAUCCUUUGAGUGAAUAACACUUUGGAAAUCAUGGAUGGUAGACAAGAAAGUAAUAACAAAUCCUAAAUGAAAUAGAGAUGCACCAAUGUUUACAGCACUAGCAAUUAGAGCUUAAGCACUUCCAAGAGGAUGUGUUAGAUAAAUUGAAGCCUUCAAAAGAUGCUAAAAUGUAAAUGGAGCAACUAAAUGUCAAGAAGAAGCUGAUAACAUCAUUUCUAUUUGUCCAAAAUGGGCUUUGGAAGGAUUGAAGGAAAAAAAGAAACAACUUGAUAAAAUCGAAGCCAUCUAGACACUCCAAUAUCGUUCAGUUUUAGAGGUUUCUCCCUACAAUAAGGUAAAAUUAUAUUGUAAAUAUUAUUUAUAGGGUAGAACAGUAAAAGAUGUUUCAGAUAAGACCUGGGCUGAUGGACAUAGAGAUAAGUUGAGACCUGAUACAAUGUGGGCUGAUGAGAGAUAUACAAAUAUAACUUAGAGUGAAAUUAAUGAAGCUAAGAAAAGAGUGGCUGCUAGAGAUGCUGCAAGUGGAAGGUAUGAAUAAAAUACUAAGUUAAUAUAGAGUUAAGGAUAAGGUGUACCCUGUGCAUCAUCCAGAUAUGUCGAGUUCUCAUAUCAGAGAAGACAAACCUCUAUAUCCAUGAU